AUUAUAAAAGAUUCUGCGGUUUUAAGUACAUCUGUAGAAUGCCUAAUUAAGAGCCCACGCUUUCCUAUAACCAAUAAAUACAAUAUAUAAUCAAUCUCAUAGACAAAUUUCUAAGACUACAACAGCAACUUUGUUUCAAAGGUUGACAACAUGUCUGUUCUUUUAAACCAGGCGCGAGUCGAAGAUGACCCUAUGGAACUCGACCAAAAUAGUUCCGUAACUCAUCCCAAUUUGGACCCUUCGCAGAAUUCCCUAGAGCAUGCAAGUCCAGUAUCUCCGCUCUCACCAAAAGUUCCAUCUGAGCCUAUAGAAAAGCCUACAAAUGAAGAGCCCCUCAACAAACCUGCAAAAGGUCUCCGUCGAGCGAUAAGAAAAAUUCUUAACUCCGCACCCAAUGAUCUUUACGGAAUAGCGAAUUCAACUAAAUCUGAUGCAACAAAGACCAUUAAAAAGAACCUUAACCGAAUCUCCAAACUUGUUCAUCCUGACAAAGUCCCCAAAGAAUUCGAUAUUCGGGCUACUAUAGCUCAAGCGAGUAAGUACCUAUAACUAAUGAGUGUAUCAAAUAGAAUAUUAAUCAUCUUUGAAGGAAUUAACAAUGCCCGUGAAGUGCUACUGGAUCCAUCCAGGACGACUAAGUUUGAUACUGAAGGUGUUUACACAGCUCCUCAGGCAGAGGAAGAUAGAAACAAUCCAGACUUUGCGCCCAAUGCUUGGGACGACGAUUCUGAUUUGGAUUCAGAUUCAGAUUCAGAUUCAGAUGAUGGAGAUGAAGAUGAAGAUGAAGGAUCCCAAGAUCCACCAGAUGAAUAUAUCAAAAGCGUUUAUGCUGAAGCAACAACAUGGGUCCAGCAGGUUUUGAAAAAGGGUCAGAAUUUUAAUCGGAAUCCAACAGGAGAAAAGGAGAUCCAAUUCUCGGAAUCAAAGGAGUUCGAAGAUAUCAAAACCAAGCAAAAGGAGUUCCACGAAAAAAUUAAAGCUCACAACGAAUCAAAAAAAGUGGAAAAAACCCGACACACUUUUGAUAUCACAACAGUCUAUCUCUCCAACAGUGAAAUGGCAAAGAAAUAUGUAGAAAUUUGGACCAAGAACAAGUCUAAUCUUCCUACCUUUGAGUUUAUUGUCUAUUACAGCAAUAAUAUCAAGCGUGUCAAUAAAGAAGAAGGAUAUCCACUUGAAUGGAAUUUUUAUUCAUUCAAAGAUCCAGCUCCUUCAGAUAUCCCCAAUGAAUCUGUCAAAGAUCAGGAUCAAUCAAAUAAAAAGGGAAAAUCUAGUGGCGCCGGAAAUGAUGCGGGUACUAACGGAUCAUCUGGAAGUCAAGGUUCACAGAGUCAAGAGAUCAAACCAUUGAAAUCCGGGUUCACAACAGAUGGUGAAAAGAUAGUUGGCAAGUUGCCUAAGACCGUUUACAGUAGCUACACUGAUACAUCGAUCAUUACUGAAUGCAAAUUCUUUGUGGAGGUUUAUUUGCAGAAUCGGAAAAACCAAUCAAUAUUUGAUAUUGAGCUCCGGACUGAAGCCGAUAUUGGCUUUAAAGCAGCACGAAGUUAUUUGUAUGAUCUCCCUGAGGAAGAACAAGUGGAACUUUUGGAGAUAUAUAAAAAUGAAAAGGGGCGAUAUAGGAGACAAUUUCAGGGUAUUACAGGAGUUACAGCUCAAGAGUAUGAAACCCUAAGUGACAAAAGGCUUCCUCCCACAUAUGUUCGUGGUAAAUUCAAAGAUGGACGGGCUACUAAGGAAUAUUUCAUGACCCGAACAACUCUUCGAACAAUCUUAGGCCACCAAACCGCCGAUCAAUUGAUUCAACAACAUUACAACCAGUAUGAUAUUGAAGUAAAAGAACCACCUUGGCCCAAAUGCAUGGAUUGGAAACCAACACGGAAGGCAAUCCGUGGUGGUAGAUCUCUACGGGAGCAAGAGCAAUCCGAUUCCGAAUCCGAGGAAAACCAUACACCUAAAAUCAACAAGGGACGAAAUCGAAUAGCACGAUCCGAAACCCCGAAUGAAAUAGAAACUCUGACACAAACAGUAGAGAAAUUGAAGCAAGAUUCUCAACAAAAUGACGAGGAAAGAAACCGUUUGAUGACCGAAACAGUAUCAAAAGAAGUAGCUAAAGCGGUGGCUCAGAUGAUGAUGCAGAUACAGCAAGAGUUCCAAAUUAUGAGCAUAAAAAAUCAAACUUCCGGUUAAAUCGGAUGAGAAGUUCCUCUUUCUUAUGUCUUUCUUUCCUUCCCUCUUUCCUCCCUUUCCUUUCCUUUCUUUCAUUAUAUCUCCUGUUUAUUUGGUUUUUUUUCCUUGAUAAAGAAGAACUGAUACAAUUAUCUUACUUCAGUAU